CGGGCGGUGCUGGCGCGGUGCGGCGGUGCCGGCGGCAGGGCGAUGAGAGCGGCCGUGCGGACGGGGUGGCGAAUCGGGGCCGCUGCCGCCGCUGCUCUGCGGGGCCGGGCCGGGCGCCCGCUUAGCCAGGCGGCCGGGGAGGGCGGCGGGGCUGAGAGCGGCGGCGGCUCGGGGUCGCGGGAGGCAGUGGAGCGGCUGGUGCGGGAGCACCCGGUGGUGGUGUUCAUGAAGGGCAGCCCGGCACAGCCGCUCUGCGGCUUCAGCAACGCCGUGGUGCAGAUCCUGCGGCUGCACGGCGUGGAGGAUUACCGCGCCCACGACGUGCUGCAGGACCCCGACCUCCGCCAAGGAAUAAAAGACUACUCCAACUGGCCUACCAUCCCACAAGUGUACCUCAAUGGUGAAUUUGUUGGUGGCUGUGAUAUACUCCUCCAGAUGCAUCAGAAUGGAGAUCUUGUAGAAGAGCUGAAGAAACUAGGAAUCCGUUCAGCGCUUCUGGAUGCAGAAAAAGACCAAGAGAAAAAGUAAAAUGAGCGACAAAAUAGCUGUGAUGGGAAUACAGCAAAUCUUCAAUAAGAACUUGUUACCCAUAAAGCCUUACAUACUUUAGGUCGAGGAAGGCAUCUGUCUGAACUGACACUAAGUGAAUGUCUCUUAGCUCAUGGUAAAUGUAGUGAUCUUGGUAUUUUGAUUUAUGGGUAUCGUGAAAUUUUGUGUAUAACCACUGCACUGUAAAGCAAACGUUUGUGAACAUUUGUGUUUUAAAAAAGUUCACUUCUAAAAGCGCUCUUCUUCAUUGAGGUGGGAGUAAACCAAAAGAACGAAUAAUAUUUUUAUGGAUUUUACGUGUGUGAUUCUCUGUUCUUUGAUACCUGAACCUAUACAAACAGCAUUUGCAUUCCCUUGCUUCUCUUGAAAAAGCAUUAAGUAAUAGUGCAUCUGUUUUUCUGUUUAAUUCCUGGUGAUAAGAGUUCCUGAGAGCCUGUAAAACCUGUGUAAUCACAUACAAUAUAGGAGAAAAACAGUUUUCCAACAAUAUAGGAGAAGAAAAGAUUCUAUGAGAGAGCGUGAAAUAUACUUUUAUUCCAAAGGGCAAAAAUAAACAGAACUUGUACAAAUACAUAUAGUAUUAGUGGUCAUUAUUACUUUGUAACUUUCUGAUGGCUUUUAAAACUGCUAAGAAUUGUGCCUAAAUAUUUUAUAAAAACCUUUUCUACCUCUUGCAAAACAGCUUUUCCCCCUGCUUAUAUGCUUUAUGUAUGACAGUUCAAUGUCAGUGCUAAAAUGUGGGAAUUGUUUUAAGACUUUAGUAUUCUAGCUUGAAAUAGUAAAGGACAAUACUUCAAUUA